AUAAAGGUCGUUCGCGUGGCUGAAUCGUUGCUCGUUGCUUGUUGCAUUCCGCUUUCAGUAUAAAACUGUAUGAAUAAUAGAAAAUGAAAACUACUUGUAGAAUGUCAAAAAUGUAACAAGUUUUUUGUUCGACUGUUAGAUUUUUGAACGUAAAGAUCAAAUUUUCAUUUGUAUUAAAAUCGAGAAAUUGAUCAAGAUGAAAAGGAAAUUGAGUCACGAUCACAUCGGAAAUGCUCAAAUGAAAAUGGAAUCCAAGAAUUCAGUGGAGUUUUCGAAAAAUAUUGAAAAUAAAAAAACGGAAAGAGGAUUGGAACUAUCAGUGAAAAAAUCAAAAACGAAUAAGUUCGAGAAGCCAACAAAGACUAAAACAUCAGAAAAAUCUACAAAACUAAAUGCUGUAGAGCCAAAGAAGGCUCUGAGAAAAGAUAAUCUUAAAGAUGAUAAAAAAAAAAUGGUUGGAAUUGUUGCAAAUAGAGAUAAACCUAAUUGGUUAGAAUUUAAAAAAGAGAAGAAAAUGUUAAAGGAACAGCGAAAAGCUAAGAAAUUGGCUACAGUUUAUGAACCGAGUUUAGAAGCCAAAUUAGUAGGAGAAAAAUUAAGAAGAGCUGAUUGUAAACCCAAGGAGCGUGUAAAAUUAACAAACAAACUGUAUGACCUGUUAAAGGGAAAUUUGAACAAAGCUGUAUUCACUCAUGAUCUCUCUAGGGUUGUGCAGUGGUUAUUGAAGUUUGGUAACGAAGAAAUCCGUAAAAACGUAAUGGACGAAUUGAAGCCCUCGGUACUGGCAAUGUUCCAGUCAAAAUAUGCCAAAAAUUGCCUUAAAAAUGCAAUGAAGUAUGGAAACAACGAGAUUCACAAGCACAUUGUGGGGGAGUGUUAUGGAAACGUAGUGAAGCUCGUAAGCCACAGUGUGUCAUCACCCUUGAUAGAUUAUGUUUAUAACAAUUAUGCUAGUGAUCUCAAUAAGCUCCACUUUAGACAAGAAUUUUAUGGGGAUAUGUACAAGCAAGCAAAAGACGACAAAAUCAAGACAAUAAGCGAUGUCUAUGCAUCGGCUGUUGACAUGAAAACUGCAACUUUGUCUGCAAUAAAAAUGAAUUUAGUGAGAGUUCUGAAUAAAAAUCUUGUGAGUAGCUGCAUUGUUCAAACUGUUUUGGUAGAUUAUUUGAAAGUUUGUACUACAGAAGACCGAGCCGAGUUGAUUAGUAUGCUCAGAAGUUCAAUCAUCAUAUUGUCUCAAAGUGAAAUUGGUGCAAAAUUAGCGAUGACCUGCAUUUGGUAUGGUACAAACAAGGAUCGAAAGAUUUUGUUGAAAGGACUGAAACAACAUGUAAAAGAUAUAUGCAUAUCUGAACAUGGUCACAUGGUAGUUAUGGCAAUUUUUGAUUCAGUUGACGAUACUGUUCUUGUAAAGAAAUUGAUAUUAGCGGAGAUACUGGUUGAUCUUGUGGACAUCGCGUCAAAUGAGUAUGGAAGAAAAGUCAUACUUCAUCUGGUUGCUCGUCAUGAUACGGCUUAUUUUCAUCCGACACUUGUACAUUAUCUAAAACAAGGAGAUGACAAUGAAACAAGCAAAAAAUCAUCAGAAGUUCGUGAAAACGAGCUCAUUGAAGCAGUUAUCGAACCGUUUCUUGAUUCAAUAACCGAAAAUAUUACGUUGUGGCUCGCCAAUAGCUCUAUCGCUCUUGUCACACUUGCAAUUCUGAAGCGUGGCCAUGGAGAUAAAUUAAAUGGCGCUUUUGAAGCAAUUGCUGGAUUCAUCACGAACAACGAUUCUCGGAUCAAAGAGGAAACUGGUGUGGAACGCGUGGCUGUGGAACAUUCUGGAUUGCAUAUGAUACUAAAAAAACUUCUUGCAGUAGACAAAACUUUUGGAGUAGGAAAUUUUUCUACGUUCGGCCAAGUACUUGAAGAAAAGCUCAACGAACAAAUUAUUGAACGAUGGAUCUAUUUCAAUAGAGGUUGUUUUCUCCUUGUAUUUUUAAUCGAGAACAGUCCCCAAUCUACCGUAAUUUCGUUAAAAACAAAACUUAAACCCGUUAUUCAAACACUGAAAAUGCAAAAAUCACCCGGAGCUUCCAUAUUAUUGAAAAAAAUUAAAUAAAUUUUCUCUUCUCGCCACUGAGUUACAUAACUUACACUGCAACGCUGCUUUUUCUAAAACAACAUUCGCUGUAUAUCUACAAACCUGCUGUCCCAUUUACGAUCAGUCUGUCCAGAUUAUAUCUGUUCUCCUUGAUAAAUAUUCUACAGAACCUUUUUAUUUUUCUAUUACACAAUUCAUUAGGCACAACAUUUUUAACUCAACGGCCAAAUAAAGAAAACACAAAAAAAUAGCAAGUGUACACUACAUUAUACGAGUGAAAAUUAGAAAAUAAGUCAAUAGUUCACUCCAAUAAAACCUGAUACCGCGGUUA